AUGGGCAAGGGAGGCUUGGAACUCAACCUCGACUACUUUUGCUCGAGAAGGGGUAUUGCCUCCACUGUUGUCACGUGCUUCUCUGCGACGCUGUUCGUAAUGGUGUUGGCGUCGGCAAACCACGACGGCAUCUACAUGUGGCUGGGCCACCUGAGCUUCACCUACAGUCUCGUGGGCCUCUACCUGGCGGUGCACAGCCUUUUCAGCUCUCUCGACAGCACCACCACGGUCUUUUCGGUGCUCUACUACGGCGUGGGCGCCUUCUUAUUUCUAGCCAGUGGCGUCGGUGUCUUUUCCAAGGGCUACGACGGCAUCAUGAGCAUCGCCAUUGGAAGCUUUUGCGUGGUUCUGGGGGCAGUCAUGACCGUCUUCACCGUGUGUGGAUCUAAAAUGUAG